CUUUGAAGGAACCAUGGAGGAAAAUAGCCUGGGGACACAAAGCGGGGGAUCUCCAAUAUGUGAAGGAUUAUGAGCCUGACCAUGAAGACAUCAAACAGAUCCGGAUCCUUCUGUACGGCCCCGUCGGAGCUGGGAAGUCCAGCUUCAUCAACUCCGUCAGCAGCGUCGUACGAGGCAGAAUGACUACUCCUGCUUUGGCCAGUGCCACCACCUCGGACAAAAGUUUCACCAAAAAAUAUGUAACUCAUAAAAUCAAAAAAGGAAGAGGACAGUCAAAGACAUAUUAUCCUUACGUCUUCAAUGACGUCAUGGGUUUGGAGAAAGGGGACGGAGUUCGUGCUGAAGACAUCAAACUGGCCCUGAGAGGACAUGUGAAGGAGGGCUACAAGUUCAACCCUGCAUCUGCACUCUCUGAAGGUGAUCCUGGGUACAACCCUUGUCCGUCUCCGGAGGACAAAGUCCAUGUUCUGGUUUGUGUGCUUUCUGCUAACGCUGCAGAGUUUACAGACUCAGUUCUGCAGAAGAUGGCGGACAUCAGAGAGUUAGCCAGUGAUAUGGGGAUUCCCCAGAUGGCAAUAGGCACCAACAUCGAUUUAGCCUGUCCUGAAACUGAGAAGGAUCUGAAGAAUGUGUACAAGAGCAAGCACAUCAAGAAAAAGGUGAAUGACUUCAGCGCUGCAGUGGGAAUCCCAGUGAACUGCAUCUUCCCUGUGAAGAACUACAGCGAUGAAAUCGACAUGAAUGAUGACGUUGACAGUCUGAUCCUGAGUGCUCUGAGAAAAAUGAUCGACUUCGGAGACGACUUUAUUGACAAAUAAUUUUGGCAGCAUUCUAUAUUACAGCACGGUAAUAAGAUGUAAUAGUGGGGUUACAGUGUGAUAAUAAACAGGUAAUAUAUAGGUUAUAACAUGUAUCUACAAAGUAAAAACUGGGUAUUAGAUCACAGUAAUAAGAUGUAAUACUGGUGUAAUAAGAAGGUAAAACAUGUAAUAUUUAAUUACCAAUGUAAUAACUAGGAAUGGGUUUGAUAAUAACCAUGUGUAUAUCUGGCAGUGACGUGCGGUGAUGUCAGUGAGAGGCUAGGCACUGAGUUAUGAAAGCCAGAUUACCUAAUUUAUUGUUUAGGCUAAUAAUCAAAACAGUAGGCUAAACGUUAGGCACAAGUGCGGCACACAUGCACGGUCGAUAGCAAGACAUUUCCAAUCAAUCUAUCAAUCAAAAUCAAUCUAAUGUAAUUAUAUAACACUCUACAGCAACCAGCAGGCUACAAAGUGCUUAACAGAAUGAGUAAAAUC